GUUUCUGCACUGAAGAACAGACUGAAGAAAGUCUCUACAACCACUGGAGAUGGUGUUGCAAGAGCAUUUCUAAAAGCACAGGCAUCUUUCUUUGGGAGCUACAGAAACGCCCUGAAAAUUGAACCCGGUGAACCCAUCACUUUCUGUGAAGAAACAUUUGUGUCCCAUCGCUCUGCUGUCAUGAGGCAGUUUCUUCAGAAUGCCAUCCAGCUCCAGCUCUUUAAGCAGUUCAUCGAUGGCCGGCUGGAUCUUCUGAAUUCUGGUGAGGGCUUCAGUGAUGUUUUUGAAGAAGAGAUAAAUAUGGGAGAAUAUGCAGGUAGCGACAAAUUGUAUCACCAGUGGCUCUCUACAGUAAGGAAAGGAAGUGGAGCCAUUUUAAAUACAGUAAAGACGAAGGCUAACCCUGCCAUGAAGACUGUCUAUAAGUUUGCAAAAGAUCAUGCAAAAAUGGGAAUAAAAGAAGUGAAAAACCGCUUGAAGCAAAAGGACGUUGCUGAGAACGGGUGCUCGGCAGCUCCGGAGGAGUCUCUGCCAAGGACAGCACCUUCUCCAUUGGUUGAGAAGAAGGACCCUAAAUUAAGAGAAGACAGAAGACCAAUCACAGUACAUUUUGGUCAGCAGCAAAGACUCCGCCCGCCCCGGCCACCGCCUCCAAAGAUACAGCGUUCAUCUAGGCCCGUUCGCCCGCCAAGACCUCAUGUUGUUAAGAGGCCCAAGAGCAACAUCGCUGUGGAAGGGCGAAGGACUUCAGUUUCCAGCCCAGAACACCUUGUAAAGCCCAUGCGACACUAUACGGUCUUCCUCUCUGAGGACUCUUCUGAUGAUGAAUCAGAGGAUCCUGUCUCUGGCUUCUCUGAAAACUUUUUCUUCUCUGCUCCUUUUGAAUGGCCUCAGCCAUAUCGGGCCCUGAAAGAGUCUGACAGUGCUGAUGGGGAAGAGGUGGCCAGCCCAGAAAAAUCAAAAGAGCCUUUGCCUCCGAGCCCUCUGCUCUCAAGCAAGGCCACAGAAAUCAACCUCCUUGAAGAUACUUUCUCUAACUUAGACAUAGAAACACAGCCUCAGCCGCUCAGCCAAGCCAAGAGCCUGGAAGACCUGCGGACUCCCAAAGAAGAGGCAGAUCAGCGAUGCACGUUUGAUUACCAGAGAAUGGAUCUUGGUGUGUCUGAGAGGAACAGGAUUGUGCCAACCAUGAAGCUGUCUCACCCUUACAACAAGCUGUGGAGCAUGGGUCACGACGACAUGGCCAUUCCGACCAAGUAUUCCCAAAGCUCACCGGAACGGCCCUUGACCGCGCUCAGCAGUGUGCCGCCAAUCACGAGACGACCCCGGAGCAGGGACAGCAUUCUGACUCCUGCAGAAAAGGAUGAGUCAAAUCCUGCCAUUCAAGGGAACAUCACCAUUCCUAGGCCACAGGGAAGAAAGACUCCUGAACUGGGGAUAACCAGCACCCAGGGCUUCCAAGCAUCAGACUCCUCCUGGGCCAGCAGAAAUUCUCACCACCCACACUAUGGGACCACUGCUGAGAUGCUCCAGCCUGUCAAAGUGAAGACAGAUAACACAGGUAAUGAAAGCGACUACCUUCUUAAUCUCCUGGACCCGUUAAAAACAGCCAGCUGGCACAGCAGUGGCCCACAGCAAGGUCCCCGCAGCCUGCAGAGCCCAGCCACUCCACCCUCUGCAGCGGCCUUUGGCUCCGUGGCAAGUGACUUUGUGUCCCCUCCAGCUGCACCAUUUGUCCAGCCGCUUGGUUACCCUUCCCCGGCACCGCCGCCGUUCUUGCAGCCCUCUCCCAACCCAUUUACGCAAACGGUGCCAGGAGCCCUUUCGGUGUCUCUAGUUAGAUCCCCGAGGGGCUCUUUUGCCCCCUCUUUAGGUCAUGCUUAUAGCUCUAGCUUCAUAACACCAAAUUCUAGCUUCUACCCACCACAAAGACCUCAGGCAAACAUUUCAACGCUUUCCAUGCCAAACUUGUUUAGCCAGGCCCCAGCCGUGCCACCAGCUAGCUCCUUGCUGCUGCAGAGCCACAGCCCUUCUCCAACGAGCUCUCUACAGCCAGCGUGUUUCAGUGGUCCUUCUAAAACCAGAACAUUACAGGUGGGCCAGUCCAGCUCGCAGGUAGAUCCCAAACAAGCACUAGCUCUCCUGUCCAGUGAACCCCCUUUGAUCCCUUCCAGGCCAGCUAAGGGCUUAGAGUCAGUGUUACUAUCCUCAAAAUCUGAGGAGACAAAAGAUCCAUUUGAAGAUUUGUUAAGAAAGACAAAGCAGGACGUGUCACCCACACCAGGUAAGGUUGAACAGCUCAGAAAGCGAUGGGAAACCUUUGAGUAA